GGUCGCAAGACUCGUCGCGAGCCGGACAGGGUUCCCGCGCGCGCUCGCCUCCCGGCCUCACCUCGCGUGUUUUUGCUCUCCUUUUGCCAGUCCCUUUCACUCCGUGUCUGUGUACUCAGCAUCGGUCGUGUCCCGGUGUCCCGCUCUUCUCGAUCCUCGCGUCUCUGGCGAACGCGGACGGGCGCGAUAAUUCUCCACGCAAGUGCGGUGUAACUGUGCCAGCCUCCCCCACGUGAAAAGCGCGGAAGAGGGAGUGCGUGCGUCAAAGCUGCCGCGGCAGCAGCAGCUGUGCUCUCCCUCUGGAAAGGGGGACACCGGCGAGCAAGAGAGAGAGAGAGAGAGAGAGAGAGAGAGAGAGAAGAUAAGGAAGAAGCUCGCGGUUGGCGACCCCGUCGACGCGUGUAGGGGUGUGUUGUACUCGCACGUCAUGGAUCCUUCCACCAGCGGCUGCAGCGGCACGCGAUGCUCGCCUCCGGUCGCCUGAGGAGAGAGCCGCUGCUUCGCAUGAGCGCCGAGCUGACUGCUCGGAUGAGGAGCCUCAGGGGCUCCCGCUUUCGACGACUGCGCCGGCUGCGAUGAGGCGCUGCGCUUGACCCGCCCGAUCGGCUCACACGCGCGCGACUACGCGACUUGGAGAGACACCUAGAAGAGAGAAGAGCGAGAGAGAGAGAGAGAGAGAGAGAGUCAGAGAGUCAAGGCCAGCCAGUUCGGGCAUGACGGGGCGGACGGGGAGAAGCUCCUGAGGCGGAGAGGACACGUGCGCAGAGCAGACUGCCAGGAAGCCGCAGGAAGCCAGGAGCAGCGAGCGGAGCUUCGCUUCGAGGGCGAGGGCGACGGCGAGCCAGGCGAGCCCCCGAGAGGAUGACGGAGUCGUGAUCAGCUCGCUCGGGCAAUGACGCCGUCGCUGGCCUCGAGAUGCGAGCUGCUGUUGCUGACGACGAGAGUGCUCCUGGUCCAGCUGGUGCUGCUGGACUCGCGGCUGCUGGUGCAGGCCACCGGUGCUGUUCCCUGCGGCGGCAGCAGCGGCUGCGACUCGGCUCUCGGGUCGGGCUCGCCGCGGCAGCAGCAGCAUCUCCAUCGUCCGAGAUAGCAGCAGAGUCAGGAGCUCGCCGGAGGCGCUGCAGGUGUCGUCGCGAUGAGCAUCGGUAGUCCCGGCACGGCGAGCGACUUCGUGGGUAAUAACAUGAACACGUGGGACGUUGCUCGCGCGAUCGCUGACAACAGUAACGGUAACGGUAACGAGCUCAGCGCCAACAGGCAGGCGCAGCAGCUACUCUCGACGGCGGCGGCGGCCGCCCUCUUCUUGUCCUACGCCUCGUCGUCCUCGUCGAGCAGCCUGCCCAGCGAGGAGGAUAGGAGCGGCCAGGUGCGCGGCGUGCUGGAUCGUAUCGGUAGUUAUCGCGAGCCGGUGGUCGACGUGCCGACCGACAAGGUGCGCGUGGUGCUCUGUGGUGCUUCCAAUUGUGCUUGCGGCGGCGGCUCUUGUGGCAGCGGCCGAGAACUCGACCGGGAGAAGGAGGAGGAGGAGGUCGCGGUGGACGAGGAGCCAUCGGACCCCAUGCUCGUGGAGGAGGAAGAGGGCCUGGCCGGCGGCGGCAUGGCCGACUCGGAGCAGCUGCUCUUCGGCUAUGGGGCCAUGUCCGCCUUCGACUCGGCGUUCAACGGCUCGUUCAACGACAGCCUCGACUGGAACAGCAGCCUCUACAACGAGACCUACAUCCUCGAGGGCCUCUACCCCUCGGGCUACGGGCUGCCCCACAUAAUCCUGGCCUCGAUCGUCGUCACCCUCCUCAUGAUCGUCAUCGUGAUCGGCAACAUGCUCGUCAUCAUAGCCAUCGCCACGGAGAAGGCCCUGAAGAACAUCCAGAACUGGUUCAUCGCGAGCCUCGCGGUGGCGGACUUCUUUCUCGGCCUCGUCAUCAUGCCCUUCUCGCUCGCCAACGAGAUCAUGGGCUACUGGAUCUUCGGCUACUGGUGGUGCGACAUACACUCGGCGAUGGACGUGCUGCUCUGCACCGCGAGCAUCAUGAAUCUGUGUCUCAUCAGUCUGGACAGGUACUGGAGCAUCACCCAGGCGGUCAAGUAUCUCAAGAAGCGGACGCCCAUGAGGGCCGCGAUCAUGAUCGCGAUGGUCUGGGUGCUGUCCGCGGUCAUCUGCAUACCGCCGCUCCUCGGAUGGAAGAGAUCGGCGCCCGAAGAGGAGUACCCUAAAUGCAAGCUGUCGGAGGACCUGGGCUACGUGCUCUACUCGGCGCUGGGAAGCUUCUACAUCCCCUCCUGCAUCAUGGUGUUCGUGUACAUACGCAUCUACUUCGCGGCGAAGGCGCGGGCGCGGCGGAACAUCCGGAAGCCUCCGAGACCGCGACCGGCGGCGCCGCCCCCCGAAUCGCCCGACAUCCGACAGACGAGUUUCACCCACACGACGAGCACGGGGACACCUGGGACCGGUGACGCUCAGGGUAAGUCGCCCGGUUUGGCCAUGGAGAACGUCGCCACCAUCGAGAACCAGCCGGUCCAGAUACCCAUCGUCACCUGCGAUUUCGCCAGUGACGUCAGCACCUCCGAAGCGGACGGCGGGGGUGGCGGGAAUAUCCCCAUGGAGGAGAAGGACACGCUCAAGGUGAGCAUGCCGAUGCCCAUGCAAAAGUCCAGCCUGAAGGCCUCGCUGUCGGUGAAUGGCGAGGGCCAGUCCGGCGGCAUGCCGACGCGCUGUCGCGCGCCCUCGGUCGGCAUCGACGUGGACAUGGUCUCGGAGCUCGAUCCCUCCUCGUCCGACAGCGGCGUGGUGUCCCGCUGCGCGGUGGUCAAGCCCCUGAAGCUGCGCUUCUGCAAGCCGAUCUUCGGCCGCAAGGCCAUCGAGAAGAUGCGCCAGCAGCAGCACCACCACCACCACGACCACGAGGACAGGCACCACCACGAGAUCGUCGUCGACACGAAGCCCCAGAAGCCCCGCGACCCGGAGCGCGAGAAGCGACGGAUAGCCCGUAAGAAGGAGAAACGGGCCACCCUCAUUCUCGGCCUGAUCAUGGGCAGCUUCAUCGCUUGCUGGCUGCCCUUCUUCUUCCUCUACAUCGUCAAGCCGCUCUUCCCGGACCUCGCCAUACCCGAGCAGGCGUUCGCCAUCGCGUUCUGGCUGGGCUACAUGAACUCGGCCCUCAACCCCGUCAUCUACACGGUCUUCAACAAGGACUUCAGGAGGGCCUUCCGCAGGAUACUCUUCAAAUGAGGCAGCGACGGUGUCUUAUUGACGCCGUAAGCUUACCUCCUCUUCCGAGCAACGCUCGCCGCGCAUCCCUGAAGAUGCGCAGCCCCAGCUCCUCCGGAACCAAACCCAAAAAACGCACGAGAGAAUAGACGCGAUCCGAAGACUCGAGUUCGACGAGCGAAUAAAGGCAGAGAAGAGAAGAGGAGAGCGGCAUCAGCAAGUCGGAUGGCCCGCCGCUGGAAAGACAGAGAGAAGAAUAUGAGAUUUUCGGAAGCGCAAAGGUUUCAUUCCCCGGCGAGGAUUAGGCAAAUCACGGGCCGCGGCGCAGCGGCGCGAAAACCGUCCGUCGUGUAGCCUCUCUGAUGAUUCCCUCCUCCGAAAGAAUCUCCAGCGGACGAGAUGAGAGUACUCGGCUCGGGCUCAUGGUGCCUUUGUCUUCGAGAACUGUAUCCGGACGGGAGAGAAUCAGCCGUUGUUUUCUCAUUUUCUCUAUUCCGAUUGUUUUUCUUCUCUUACAUUUUCUUAUGCUUUCGUCGUUACUACUCCGGUCGCGAGCUUUACGCUCCUCCCCCGCAGCCCAAGGAAGAGGGGAGCGAGAGAGAGGGACGAAGGAGACGGAGAUGGUUCCUAUGCCAAGGUGUUCGUAGACUCUCGUCCGUCUGCGACGUGGAAGGGGGCAGAGUAUAAUACCGCGGAUCAACGUCGAGAGAGCGACUUUCAAAGCACAUCGAAAUCUAACGUAGUCCUUGCGUGUAAAGUAUAUAUUAUGUAUAAUUCUAAUGUAUAAAUUUAAAGCCGAUAAGCGAUCUACAUAAGGAUUAUAUUCAGCAGGAGGGCCGAUCUAACACGAGAAUACAUUAAUAUAAAUAUAUAAAUAUUAUGUAAUCGAGCGAGUGCAGGCGUCGUAUUUUUCUUAAGGACGUUGUUUCUAACUUCAAAUUAUAUUAUCCGAAGCUAAUUUUAUCUCUUGGAUUUCUCGAAUGAAAAAUACGAGCAAAAAUAACAUAACACACGCGCGCUCUCUGAGAGGAUGAAAAAUAACGUAACGAUAUUUCCUAAAUGGAUAUUACUAGGAUACGUAAUACGCUAAAGAAAAAAAAAUAACGAAUUAAGGUUUAAAAGGAUAUGGAAGAAAAAAAAUAGUACUCGAACAGACACGUUGCAUAAUUUAAUACUCUGGACCAAUCGUAGAAAUAUGUUUACAUAUGUGUUUCGGCUUCUAAAAGGAUCGCAGACACAGUAAUCUUAAACGAGUAUAAUAAGGGUUGUAUAAAAAAACAAGCAAACAUACAAUACGAGACGAGUAUGGUUUUUUAAAGAAUUUUUUAAAAUAGCACACGCAAACUGUUCAUCAGCCAGUAGAGCGAACGAGAUCGAUGGAAGACUAUAUACACUGAAAAAAAACACAGUCGUUUCUGCUGUAAAGUCCGGUAGUUUUAACCGUUCUGCCACCGUAACGACUGUUCCGUAAGAACAACGGUGUGCCACUGGUAGUUUUGGCGAGUCGCGACUCGUAAAAUUGGUCGCUUACGCGGGACACCAGCAAAAACGACCGAACUGAUUCUUUAAAACUGCUGAACUCUACGGUAAUUUUGGCGAGUCUUCGUAAAAUGACGGAUUACUGGUGCGAGAUCAGUUAAAAUGGCUGUGUUUUUUUUUCAGUGUAGGAAAUAUCAACACUGCACCAAUAAUCUUCCUCGAGCAUACAGCGUUGUCUCAAAAGAGCAUAUAUCACAAUCCGCGUAGGGAAAAGCCAAUGGUAUGAUAGCACGUCGUAAGCAGACUUUCAUCGGAGUAAAAGAAACGCCGUAAAGAUGCAGUGCGUCCGUAAAAAAAUAUGAAACUCGCGAAACGGACGUCAGCAGUAGAAACGCCUGGAUAUGAUCAGACGCGCGCAGUUUGAUUUUCCUUCCCUCCUCGAAUGAAAGGAAUACACCUUCUGCCUCGGCUUUAACAUACCAUUACUUUCCUCUCUCUAAGGCCGCUAUCGUUAUAUACCUCGCUGUGAAUGGCGCCGUUCCUUCGGCUCUCGCGCGCCAUUGGAUAAUUCACGUCCCAGGAGGUCUGGGAAAUAAUAAUUCGAAAUUAAAUAGAGCCCAGCAGAAUCCAAACGUCGCUCGCGGUUUCUCUCGGAGAAAUUUAGUAGUUGAAUCGACACAGAGAGAAAGAGAGAGAGAGAGAGAGAGAGAGAGAGAGAGAGAGAGAGAGAGAGAGAGACUAUCGCGAUGACCCGGGCGAAAGAGGAGCUGUGCAUCGCGCGAGUGCAGUGACUUCUUGAAUAUUCAUGCGAUCGCCGGCGACGAUGAAUAUUUAGCAGACGAUAUAAUACGCGCAUCACCCGCCGCUCUUUCGCGUUGACCCGGAAGAACGAGUGCGAGAAACGCCUGGAAAUUCCUCUCUCUGUGUCAUUGAAAUUUUCGAAGCAAAGCGCGCGCUUUUCUUGCGGGGCUUUCGAAUUAAACAUCGAAGAUAAAGGGACUCUUUCGGUAAUUAGAGCUGCUCGUCGCUGGAAAUUUUUAACGGUAGCCUCGGGUUCGUGGAACUCGAUUUUAUCCAAUCGCGCGCUGGGCAAACAUAUGGAAAAGUUCUCUCCCCGCGAGAACACUGCAUUCGUAUAACGGCGUUCGUUUAUCGGAAUCAUUAUACGCGACUGUUUGUUAUUCGAAAUUCUAUUUGCAUCGUAUUGUCUCCCCCACGACCUGCGGCGGUAAGCCAUAAAUGUUUUGUAUAUACACACGCUGUGAGUUUUCUUGUCUGUAAAUGUAUCGAGUGCACUAUAUACUGUGUGCUAUGGAGAGUUGACGAUUCAAAAUCUACGAAAUGUUAUUGUUGAAAUUUUGAGUUUUUCGGCUCGAACUCUCGGGCCAAAGGGAAUCAAUGAAUAAGGCUCGAAUCAAUAAAUAACUAAUGCACGGAACGAUUCCAGAUUUUUUCUAAUCCUAAACUUUCGCCUCGAGUUCGAGCGGUUACGUAUAAGAGCGAGUGAGAGCAAGGCUUCUUCGCAAGUUCGUAAGUGUGCAUAUAACUGUAAAGUAGCAGAGUUUUCUCCUCUGAGCAAACAGACAAUGCGACAACGCGCUCGUUUGGAAGAGGCGAGAGAAGGAAGGUUUUCUCCCUCUUUUUUUCAUCUCCGCCACCUCUUCUCAGCUUUGAAUGGCCACACUCGAGAAACUCACACUGUAGACGUGAUCUUAUUUUUCGACGAUAAUAAACUGAUUCGGAUGGAUACGUAUAGCAAAAAUCAAAAGCACUACACGAUCACCCAUAAAUUUCGGUGAUAUUUCAUACUCGCCGCCGGGCAUCCAAUUGAUCUCAAGUGUCUUAAGGUGAUUUAAAGUGAAAUUUCACCACCCCGGAAGGCGCGGGAACUUUCCCAUUCGCAAAAUACGAGCUAACUUCGGCCUGCGCGAGAGAGCGUAAUUGUAUUUUGACUCUUCCGGGGUGAGGGAUCGCUUGGGGAAGUUCUAAAAAACAUUCACACGCACACGUACACUACUUCGCUUAUUCAAAAUUAUAGUGUAUUUUUGGUUGCAGCUACAGCAGAGCUAAAAAAAAUAGAAGUUGAGAAAUUUGAUCAGUAGGACACUAUACAUACAACUUCGAAGAGAAACACACAGACACACGAACAAGAUACGACAAUCCGCUCCAAUAUACAUUUCUUCGCGUUCGCGCAUAUGCACAUGUAUAUUGAGGCUUUAAAGCUCGGCGCAUAAUGUAGAGCGUAAAAAUAUGAAGUAAAACAGUGCAAAAGAAUGACGCGCGAGGGAGAGAGAGAGGAAACGGUAUGUAAAUAUAAAACUCGCGCGGAUCGAGUCAUACUCUAGCUUCGCUCCGUGUGCAUGUGCACUAAAAGUUUUACAUGCGCGCGAGCUUUUAAAUUUACAUACCGACGACGAGCCGAGAGAUAUUCAUUAUUGUAUAUCUAAAAGUCGCUGACAAAUAAGACGAACAAAAAGUUUCCUAAUAAAUAAGCUAGAGCUUGUGCGGCGUGCGAGAGUGUACAUAAUAUAAUAGAGAGAAAUUGAGUCGACCGUGCGUCGAUCACACGUGUACAUUAUACACGUAUGAUACAAUGAUGAAAUCGAAAAUUCGUAAUAUAUGCUUAGGUGUAGUCGACGAGUACAUUCGAUUGGAUACACAUCGAGAUCCCGUACGUACAUAGCACACACGAUGUAUGUUUGCGCGAAGCGUCGUGUUUUUCUUUUUAUAUAAUAAAAAUCACACAGACGUACGAGGUUAUAUCGCGAAUCCGCUAUAAAUAUAACGUACACACACAGAGGAAGAACGCUGUUUACCUUUCAUUUUCUCGGCAAAAUUUCGACGACCAUAUGUGCGCAUUAACGACAACAGAUUUUCCCGGGAGUCAUAUCCGUUUGCCGUUUUUGUCAUUUCAACGCUGUAAUACCGAUAUAAUCGCGAAAAAAUAAAAAAUAAUAAGCAAAACCACCAGGACUAAUUUUUUUGUUCGAAUCCGGCUGGCGCAUAGAGGUUUAUGCGGGAAAUAGGAUUAAACUCGUCGGAAGACAAAAAGAGACAGGAUGCGUGUGUUUUACGCGUGGAAUCGAGAUGAAGCUUCGCUUUGCAAUAAUGAGAUCAACGGGUUAAAACUUUGUGUGCGGAGGAUAAAUGGAUUAAAGUGAAAGCCGAUUACGAGCUUGAGAAAUGCAUAAUAUGAGAUUUGAAAUAAAAGCAGGAGGUAUGCAAUUACGAAGAUUUAACCGAUCGAUGAAGUGCAAUUUAUACAAUAAUAGUCCGACGCGUCGUGCAGUACAUAGUUGUCCUUUUUGUCCAAUAUACAGGUAGAUUAUUGCAUCAACGAAUCUAGAAGUUCACCCGAAAAUACCGCAACUAUUACAAUAGUCGCCACUUUAGAAAAAAGUAAUCCAGCGCGCAGAGUAUCAGGCUAGAAGCGAUAAAUCCCAGCCGAACAAGGUUUAAUUUGCAUGGAUCUCUCGACCUCUGCAACAAACUCCUUCGGCGAUUUCUCAGGUGCUUACAUAUCACUCCUCCUCCUGCUCCAGAAGACAAAGUGGGUCCAGCGCCGUAUACGUAUAGACGUGUGUAUGCACGCGAAAUAGAGAUCCGCGCGCGCGGAUAGAUAUAUUGGCAGAUAUCGAAUGAAAAGCGCUAGCCUAUAGCCGAUGCCUCUGCAAAGGCUUGGAGUGAGCCCGAUAGGCGAGAGAGUGCUAUGUAGCGCCAAUAUGGAAUUCGCUGAUAAGACAAUGACUCCUGCUCGAUGGAUUAUUAGCGCCGGACCUAAACUCCUCGUGCUGCCCCUCGGGCAUUGUGUCAUCCUGCCGAUGUAGAUUCGUGUGUAUAGCUCGCUGUGUGUAAAUUUAAAUUGACAUUUUCAUUCUGUUACAAUUGCUUUUCGAAUUUUCGAUUCUUCGAGGAGCUUUUCGCGCGGGAAAAUCAAACGGGAUCGGAACUCAAGCGACCGAAAGAAAAUAAAGAAGGUUCACUUUGAUUUAUACGUGUGCUGGUAGAGUUCUCGCGACUCGGAUCGAACGCAAGGCUAGUGCUGGUGGUGGUGGCAAUGACGUAACCGGGCGGUAAAUGAACCGUGAACGUGUACCCAAUUAAGAGCGCUCGCGCGGGGCUGCGCCGACGCUUGAAACUCAAUCCGCGCGACUACCACUCUCGAGGGCGACUAUACGUGGAUUCGACCGAUUGUAUAUUUAUAUCUUGAUAAAUUUAUGCGCUGAUUAUAUACGGGGAGCCGCCGACUCGGUUAUACACCGCGAGCGAACGAAGACGGAUGUCCCGGUGUCGAUAGGACGUUAAUUAACGGAGUUCAGCUAUAGGCUUCGAAAUCCGAGCUGGGGCAAAGUUUUUGCUGUUAAUAAACAGCUCGGGGAGAUCAUACCGUGGCGAGCAUUGUUCGCGCGAAGACAAUGAUGAGCGGCUAACAUUCUUCGAACUUGGACUCGGAAACAUUUCGAGCUUUGUUCCGAAAACUUCUUUUCGACUUCCGCGCGCGAAUUCAACUCGCACCGACCAGAUAGACAAAGGACAUCGCUAUUCGUUGCUCGCGUAGUUGUUACCAGGGCGGAGUGAUAUUUUAUUCAUACCGAGUUCGGAUUUGUUUACGCGACGGAAGGUAUACUGCUUAUUAUAUCGAUAUGCGAACGCCGAGCGCGGAGCUUUUAUAAAUUCUCCCGCCGCGGAGUAAUUCAAAGCAAGGCUCGCCAGAGCAUUCGCUGAAUAAUUUAUUAAUUCGGUACACGUAUAUUGGCUCGGCGACGACGUGGAGAAAAAUAUCCCAGCGCGCGAAAUAAAGGAGGCAUAAAUCAGCGAGAUUAUGCGAGCUAUCGCGCGUGAGAGAGAGAGAGAGAGAGAGACAGAGAGAGAGAGAGAGAGAGAGAGAGAAGUAUACCCCUUGCUUUGAUUCUGUACUUUACGUCCUGACUUCAUCCUCGGCCGUUCCUUCUUUUAGAGCCGCUUCUCUUUAUUUCUCCCCGGAAAAAUGAUAAUUUAAUUAAGAAUUUUUCAUUCUCCUUCCAGGAAUCACCUUCUUCGCGUAUUUACCGCGCGCGAUAUUUGCUUUUAUCAGUCGAGAGGGAGAGCUUGCAGUCGCACUUCUUUUGUCCCCCUUGCUUUCCUAAUUUUAUUUUUCUUCCGCGCCUCGCGAACUUCUCCUCGCCUUUUCUCUUCAGCCCGCGUCGAUCCCAGCGUAUUUAACUUGCCGGCUUUUCUCCGAGCGAUUCUCAAAGAGCAAAUGGGUUAUCGGCUUUUCCCCAGUCGAAUACGCCGUCAGUCUUUUUCUCGCUCCGACUGUCUUCAAAGAAUUCCUCGACUUUCCCGCGACUUUCGCGUUUACGCAAUUACUCCGUUAUUUUCCUCGACAACGGAAUAUAGAACAAAAAAAAUAGGAAAAUAUGGGCGACCUCACCCGAUACUCUGCGCGCAACCAAAUCCCGCGCGGAGGAAAAAAGAAACACCAAUUAACCGACGCACAAAGCCUCAAAAAUCUUAUAAUCUAGUAUAACAGCUCGCGCGCGCAGACUCCCUUCUGUGUAUACCCCUGCCGAAUCGGCGGUUUUGCAAGUCAAAGCCGCGCAAAAAAUAACGACAGCGUCGGCGCUUGCUCUCGAAGCUCCAUUUCUCGCGGCUGCGCGCCGGUCUGUAAGUCACGAGAGCGAACGGCUGCUUAUACGUUCGGCUAUGCGAAUAUUUAGGAGGCUAAGUUAUUCAUCGAAGCCCCGCGCUGUUAUUUAUUCCAUUUACCGGCGCGGAAUACACGUCUAUGUAUGUGUGUGCGCGUGCGUGCGUGUGUGUGUGUGGCACACGUAACGAUCGUCUCCUGGGAGAGGAAAGCUCCGAUGCUUAUGGGAAUUAGGGCUAUAUGCGCCGAAUACAUUCGACGCGGCCCUCUAGAUCUUUGUGUUCUCAUCUGAAUAAAUGCGUAAUACGCUGUUUCUUUUCGGGCGUUGAUCAGCUUUGAAUUAUAUAUUGUAACCGCGUACGCGUUCGUUACUAAUUUAUCGGUUCAUCGCGACUUAUCGUCGGAGUGACUGCAAUAAGCGUUUAUUCCAUGUAUGACUGUUAUUAUCGGAUUAAAAUCGACUAAGCGUAAUGUAUUUCAUACCUCGAAAGUGAUGCGUAUAGCUCGUUGUCUCUCUCUCUCUCUCUCUCUCUCUCUCUCUCUCUCUCUUGUUGCUCGUCCCUUUCUUCCUAUACAUCGCCGGCCCUUUCACUUUAAUCACGAGCCCGGAACGCGGCCCCGCGCUUAAGCUGUUUCGCUCUUUUUAUAUACACCAUCUCCUGCUUUUAAGCGAAUUACACUUAUAAAUUCAUUAUUAUUGCGGAUUCAAUUAAAUCGCGAGAAAGAGGCCGGCGGAGUUAAUGAAACUCGAAAAGUUCGCCCGGACCUUUUCUCCCACUCCUUAAUUUCCGCGCACGUGACCCGGCGCUGUAUACACUCGCACGCGCGAAAGCCAUUGUGCGUAAUUUUUCGGCUUUAUGCGCGGAAAGAAAAAUCAAAACUUUUCGAAGGGAACUUUUUCUUUGUCAACGCCUGCGUCUAUAUGUUUGCAUUUUUAGUGCUUGAGAUUUCGAUUCUGUUGUGUAUCGAUGAUGAUGUUUAGAUUUAUCGUGGAGUGCUGUUGUUAAGUUUUGCUGACAUUUAACUAUCUGCGUUUGGGAAGAACUCGAUGAUACCUUAUAUAGAAUGUUGAUCGUUAGUAAUUUACAAUGUAUCUUAUAUGAGACAAGGAUAUUAUGUAGGUUCAUUUUAGUUACGAAUACAAGAAUCAAAAAUAUAUACGAUAACAAAUCACACGAUAUUUUUCUAUGAUUAUAUACAUGAUUAAGACUUAUAUUGUGCGUAUGAUUUGUCGGGAUUCGUGUCGCAGGCUAUUUAGUUUGUAUACCUAUAUGAACAACAACAAAUAUAUAGUACUCAAAGAUAUAUAUCAAAAUAAGAAUAUAUAAACCUAUAGCUUUCCUAUGUAAAAAGUAUCACGUCGUAGUGUAUGAAUUUUCCAAAGAUUUACAUGUAUAAAUCUUGCAUUCGUUUUUCCGCGUAUACAUAUAUAGGUUUAAAUAAUUAUACAACAAGAAUAUAUAACUGCGUCAUCCCUCAUAUCCGACAACAAAUGCAAUUAAGGCAAUUUUUUUAUACAAUAAAAUCAAUAUGACGAAAAAAAACAACUACUUAAUGUAUAAUUGUACUAUAACGGUAGCGAGAUUUCUAAAUGUACCUUACGUAUUGUAUAUAUAUUGUAAAAAUGUAUUUAAAAAAAAAGAACAAGUCGCACACGAUUUGCAUCUAUAUACUUCAAAAGGAAUAAGGUAUGAACGAGGGAAGAAAUCUGUAUAUACUACGUACUAUAUAUUAUAAAUCUGUAAAAUCUUUGAUAAACAGAAAUAAAAGAAAUUAUAUGAAAAUACCAGCACCUUAGGAGGGAUAAUAAUCGCAUACACACAUACAAGCAAUCGACGUUACUUCUUUCUUUGUCAUUUCGUUAUAUUGGACCUACAAGUUCGUGAAACGGGUGCUAAACUUAAUGAGUUAACGAAAAAAAAAAUAAUAAUAACAUUACAAGUGCGAACAAGCAUUUAAUACAAAAUAACAUUAAGAACUAACUCGCUAAACUAACGAGGGAGACGAAGAAACUUAUUAUCUUAUAAUAAAUAAAAAAAAAGUUCACUCGCGCGCAAAAAAAGAAAACAGAUCCUCGAGUCCCUUUCGCGCCCUAGGCGCAAAAAAUCCGGUGGAUAUGGAUGGAGAUAUUGCAAUUUUUUAUCGAUAACGAAACAAGAACAAAAAAAAUAAUUUAAAAACAAAAAUCUCUAUGUGUAUUUUAAGAAAAAAAAAUAAAGGAAUACUCUUAACGUAAGCAAUGCACUGUAAGUAGUUAAAGAAAUUUUAAUAACAAAUAAUACGGUUACGAAUCGAAAGAAUGCGAGACGUAUAGCGACAAUGAGCAAACGUUUGUGAGUGUGUACGACGGGAAGAUUAUUUGUCCUCGCGCAUACAUUUUACUUUUGAAUCGAUCAAUAAUAGCAGCUCGUAAUAGCGAUACAUUGAGUAGUGCAGUAUGCAGUUAUAGUGAAUUUUUACCUCCACAAUAUAUAUCGUAUGAUUUUAUAUGAAACCAUCUGAGUGUUGUUGCGAAACGGUUUGUGAAAUUGCAAUUAUACGACUUUCUGAUUUGCCCCCGCUGGGCUCGGGUUAAAACAAUAUAUACUUCGGCAUCUAAAUAAAAUUGUAAUUAAAUAUUUCCCAUAUUUCAAAGAUAAAACCUGUUAUUCUCAUUAUGUGUUUGAACUGAAGAGCGUAAUUUCAAGCGACGAAAAUCUGACUCACGCGUUAUAUUCACGUAAUUUCAAUUUGGACGAAUUGAUAUAAAUAUAUAUACAUAUAUAAAUAUGAUACACGAUACGAUUGACGAUGUGCGAUAAA